CCUCACCCCGUCCCUUUUGUCUGCCCCCGGUUCCUCCCUCGUCGACCCUCACGGCUUUUCUCUCUCCCCGUCCCGCAGAAGAAACCCGCAGCGAAGGGUGGCAAAAAAAAGAAGCAGGUGCUGAAGUUCACGCUGGACUGCACGCACCCGGUGGAGGAUGGCAUCAUGGACGCCGCCAACUUUGAGCAGUUCUUACAGGAGCGAAUCAAAGUGAAUGGGAAGGCUGGAAACCUGGGUGGUGGCGUGGUGACCAUCGAGAGGAGCAAGAGCAAGAUCACUGUUACUUCAGAGGUGCCCUUCUCCAAGAGGUACCUGAAGUACCUGACCAAGAAAUACCUGAAGAAGAACAACCUCCGCGACUGGCUGCGCGUGGUGGCCAACAGCAAGGAGAGCUACGAGCUGCGCUACUUCCAGAUCAACCAGGACGAGGAGGAGGAGGAGGAGGAGGACUAAAGCGGAGCCGGAAACGUUUUGUACAUUUUCCUGAAUAAAUUGUGGGAAAGAAUUGUUA